GUCGGUCCUUGCUGGGUCGCGCUCUGAGGGGCCCGGUGAAGGGCACUGCGGGGGAACGGGCCGGCCCUACCCCGAUCAUCUCCACCCGCGCCUUCCCCUGCCCUGAUCGCCCGCUGCCUGCGGCCGGAUCACCGCUCACUGCCCGUGCCCCGAUCACCGCCCGCUUCCCCUGCCCUGAUCGCCCGCCGCCUCUACCCUACUUUUUCCUGCGAUGUGUCCACACAGCCCUUUGUAAAUAGAAGGGAACAAACUCUGAACCAGCAGAAUGCGAGCCGGCGGCAGGCCAACAGCCAUGUGACGGCUCCCACAUAGCGUUGACGCAGUCCCAGAGUUUUUUUGGGUUGAAGUGUGAGUAGGGUUUGUCGGUGCCACCUAUAAACACAGUGCAUGCCCGACCCAUGGGGCAAAGACGUCUAAGCAGGGAAAGAGAAACCUUUUCCCUGGUUCCAACUUGAAUGAUUUACAUCUCAUAAAAGAAAUAAUUACCCAUAUGUGCUGGUACGUUUUCUUCUCCCCUGCUAAAUCAAACUCAGCAUUGGACCAACUGAAUUUCUAUCUUUGCUAAGUAUUUUCAUAGUUUAGGUAAGUUCAGUGGACAAAAAUAAAUGAAAGUUGAAUGCAGUUUGGAGGAAAUUUUAAACUGUUUGCACAAAGUUCAGAUGGAACAGUAUUUUAAAAUAAAAGCGGAGUGAGAGGGGAGAGAGGAAAGCAAAAUGUUUUUAAUAGACCAGUGGAAAACACGUGAUUGAAGAAAAGACAAAUUCAUGCAUUACUGCUGGAAAUAAACCAGUGAGAUAGAAGAUGAAUUCAGCUGAAAUCACUGAUGAUGAUGAAGUUAAAAUUCCUAAAAAAAAUGUGAAAGUAGAAACAGAAAAUGAAGAUGAAGCUCUAGACUGCUCAGUAACUUCCAGAUCUGCUGAGAAACACUCACUGGAUGGUGCAGUGACUUGCCUACAGGAUUCCAACAAAAGGAAACAGACCUCCCUUGGCUGUGAUGGGUCAGGAGGCCAGCAGGAUGCCUUACCCAGCGUGAAGAAGAGACGCUUUGUGCAAGAGGGCUCCCUUUCAAACAUGAGGAACAGAGAUGCUGGCUCACCCACUCAGGUAAAUGCAGAGCAGCCAAACAAGAACAAGAAUUCUAAUGUAACAUGGCUCUGUGAAGAAGAAUCCUUCAGUGACAUAAUCACGCCAUCUUAUAAAAAACCUCUCUAUGGCAUCUCACACAAAAUCACAGAGAAGAAGAACCCACCAGGAGCAGAGCAGUUUGCUUCUUAUGAGUUGUUUGAAAAAAUCAACCCCAGCAGUCCCUCGCAAAUUCGGACUUUGAACGAUCAACGCAAAAGAGACUCGGCCACAGCCAUUGCAGUAGCAGCAGCCACGGCAGAUUCAGAAUCAAAUAUAUAUUCUUUGAUACAGAAAAUGUUUUACACGCUGAACACCCUCAAUACCAAUAUGACUCAGCUUCACAGUAAAGUUGACCUAUUGUCUCUGGAGGUUAGCAGAAUUAAAAAGCAAGUCAGUCCAGCAGAAUCCGUUGCUGACUUCAAGCCUCCCCCAGAGUACCAGCUGACUUCGACGGAACUCAAACAAAUCAUGGAUCAAAGCACAUCAGGUGGAGACCUGGCUUGCCGGUUGCUCGUGCAGCUGUUUCCAGAGCUCUUCAGUGACGAUGAGUUCAGCAGGAGCUGCAGUGCAUGUGGCUUUCUCAACAAAAGGAAACUUGAAUCUCUUCAUCUGCAGCUUAUUCGUAACUAUGUGGAAGUUUGUUAUCCUUCUGUGAAGAAUACAGCUGUGUGGCAGUUGGAGUGUUUGCCUCAAGUCAAUGAUUUUUUCAACAGAUUUUGGGCUCAAAGGGAAAUGGAAAACAGUCAGCAGAAUGUGCAAUCAUCCAGUUUUUAUGAGACUGAGCAGGUUGAAUCCUCUCAUUUUAUUGAGGAUAAAGAGCAGGAAGAAGCUUUGUCCUUGGACAGGAGUAAUGUCAUUGCCUCAGAUUACAUACUGGAUGCUCAGGAUCUCAAUGAAUUUUUAGAUGAAGCUUCUUCACCGGGAGAGUUUUCUGUUUUCUUGUUGCACAGACUGUUUCCAGAACUCUUUGACCACAGAAAAUUAGCUGAAAGGUACAGCUGCUUUGGAGACUCUGGAAAACAACUGCUGGAUCCUCAUCGGCUUCAAAUAAUCCGUAGGUACACAGAAAUUUACUUUCCAGAUGUGCAAGAAGAAGAAGCCUGGUUGCAGCAGUGUGUUCAGCGAAUAAAUGAUGAGCUUGAAAGUACGUAUAUGGAUGGAAGUGAAUGUGACCAGAUGAGAGAUGACUGUUACGAUUCUUCUAGUUUGCCAGAUGAUGUAUCGAUCAUAAAAGUGGAAGACAGUUUUGAAUAUGAAAAGCCUGGCAGACGGUCAAAAAAAAUUUGGCUUGUACCUAUAGAUUUUGACAAACUUGACUUUCCCCCUCCUGAUUUUGAUGUCCCAGUCCCAGAUUACCUGUUGAACAAAGAACAGAUUAAAAGCAUAUAUGAAAGCAGUCUUUCCAUAGGCAACUUUGCCUCUCGAUUGCUUGUUCUCCUAUUUCCUGAACUAUUUACUCAUGAAAACUUAAGGAAGCAAUACAACUGUAGUGGAUCUUUAGGCAAGAAACAGCUCGACCCCACUAGAAUUAAAUUAAUUCGACAUUAUGUGCAGAUACUGUACCCCAGAGCAAAGAAUGACAGAGUGUGGACAUUGGAGUUUGUUGGGAAGCUUGACGAGAGGUGUCGACGAAGAGACACGGAGCAAAGGCGCUCGUACCAACAGCAACGGAAAAUCCAUGUGCCAGGUCCCGACAGGAGGGAAUUUCUCACCUAUGCAAUAAACCCUGAGAGAUUUCGGGAAGAAUUUGAAGGGCCGCCACUGCCACCAGAAAGAAGUAGCAAGGAUUUUUGCAAGAUACCACUCGAUGAACUUGUUGUUCCUAAUCCUGACUUCCCUGUGCCUUCUCUGUAUUUGCUGUCUGAUAAGGAGAUAAGAGAGAUAGUGCAGCAGAGCCUGUCAGUCGGCAACUUUGCUGCCAGGCUUCUCGUAAGACUCUUUCCUGAACUCUUUACUCCAGAGAAUCUGAGACUGCAGUACAACCAUUCAGGUGCUUGUAAUAAAAAACAGCUUGAUCCCAUCAGACUGAGACUGAUCCGUCAUUACGUGGAGGCAGUUUAUCCUGUGGAGAAAAUGGAAGAAGUGUGGCAUUAUGAAUGUAUACCGAGCAUCGAUGAAAGGUGCCGGCGUCCUAACAGAAAAAAGUGUGAUAUACUGAAAAAAGCUAAGAAAGCAAAAAAAGUGACAGGCUCUUUAAACUGCUAAGACUUUGACCACUAAAUUAUUGUCAAGAGUAUGCUUUGGUUUAGACUGAAGGGCCUGUUGGGAGCUGGGGGUUCCCAGCACCUGGGACAGUCAGGCACCAAAUUUGUUGCGCUUCAGUGUGUGUGUUGCAUUUCUGUUGGCACAGCAGCAGUGGGAAGUGGCUGACAACAUUUGUACAUGGGUAAAGACCAUCAGUGACAGCUAUCAAUGACUCACUAAGAGCAUGAUAUUCACUGGUGCAAAUACAUUUACUGAAACUAUUGCUCCACUCCCCAUUUCUGCAUCUUCCUUUUCUAUCACUUUCUAAUAAUAAGGAAUUUUUUUUUAAUGGUUGUGCUCGUCAAGAGCAGUUUUUCAUUAUACCAUUAUAAACAGUAUUUUUAAUUAAUUUGGAUUUUGAAAUGUGUAGACUAAGCUUAAUUUAAAUUUGAAAGUGCCAUUUUCAUUUGAAAUCAUUGGAAUAUUAUUAGACUUUGCUUCUACAGUAACUGCAGCUUCACACUUGUUUUGUUCUUCAUGAUACUGAGGUACUGAAAGUUAUGAUGCUGUGUCAAAGAGUAGGUCAGAAUGGUGUCCUUUGCAUUUUUGACUGUUACGUUAGUUUUAUUUCUAAAAUCAAGAAUUUCCUGUUGAAGAAUUGAGACAUGAGCAUAAACACUGUGUGAAUGGGGUUUUUUUGUAUUGACACGACAAGCUUGGUCCUGCCCCUGUGAGUCCUGUUAUUGUUUUGUCCAAUGUAACUGCUGGAGCGACUGAGGAUCGCUUGUCUUGAGUAAAGCCAGCAGAACAGACCCAAGCCUAUACCCAUGGAAUGUCUUCCCAUCACCUGCUCGCCACCCUGUUUGUAAAACAGCAAAAGCAUCAGCAACAUCAAAAAGACCCGAAACAAGAACUUUAAAAAAUUUUAGACUUUACUUCCUAUCAAAAUCAUGAUUCCAAAGGUGUUUCCAGUGUUGAUAUUGAAUUGCAUAUAUUAAAAGUAUGUGCAAAGAUUGGUUUUGUGGUGAAAUCCAGUGUUUCAGGGUCCCAGCAUAUGAGCUGUGGUAAUGUAACUCAUUCUUUCCAUGAAUGCAGCAGCAUCUGGAUAUUUUGGGUGUAGGGAUAUAGAACUCCCUCACUUUGCCAAAUUGUUUUAGUGUAAUUAGUAGCUAUUUGGAGACAUAACUGUGUAUGUAUAACUUAGGUUCGUGUGGUCAAGUUUGAAUCAUUAAUAUGUUCAAGUGUAACAAAGACCACCCAGAACCUGAUAUGAAUUUGCCGUGUGACUUGUCACUGGAAAGUGCUGCUUUAAAACUAAUUUUCUCUUUCUUUUUUUAAAAAAAUUUAAUACUGAUAGAAAUGGUGAGAGAGAGUCAAAUAUGAAUUCUUAAUACAGUAAAGACAGUGGUUGCCUACAGAGCAUCACUGGAACACCUUGGAGCAAUUGUUGAUGUUCUCUGUGGUCCUUUUCUGUUGUUUACUUAGAUGGGUCAUAGCAAAUUUUAAGUCAGUUCCAGUGUAAUUUUCUAUUUUAGCAUUUGUAAGGAAGUAUAAAAUAUUUGAUAUUUUUACUUCAGAUUUUUAGAAUUUAUUGUUCUUAGACUCAUAUUGAUCCCUUUAAAAGGAAAACAAAGUGUUUUUUCCUGAUGGCAAGAACUAGUAAACGUAUUGUGUUAAACUGGGAGUAAAUCAUAGUUAGUAGCAUUUGCUCGUUUUCCCCAUAUGCUAGAAACAUUCUCAGAGAAUGUACGAAAAAAGUCAUGAAUGUACUAAAUAACACAUUGUUUAUAUCCAUUUAAAUGUUUCCUGUUGGUUUAAGUAAUAGCAGACCAUACUCAAAAUGGAUAUCGGAGCAAAUACAGCUAUAAUAAAUCAAAAUCAUUUUACCAAAGAUAAAGAACUGAUACCACAAUGUCUGCAUCUGUUCAUUUUACUGCAUAAAUUUAUCAAAUUGAAUGUAUCAGAAACCAAGACUCUCUUGUCAUUGUAUGCUACCUAGAAACUCUGUGAAAUUUUUUUUUACAUGCACUUUUAUGGGAUAUAUAAAAUAACAGAAGAUCUUAACGACUCUUUAAUUUGUGGUUGCAAAUGGCUGGCCAAAAGGUAAGAAAUACAAUUUUAUUUUCUUAUCUUAAUGUCAUACGUUUCACCACUUGGUGAUGUCAAAGCUCCCAGAAGAAUUCAAUAUAUACUGAACAUUUUUACAAGGGAUAGACGUUACUAGCUAGCAUGCAAGACUUUUACUGUAGAUGUUGAUAUUAAGUAAAAAAAUCAGUCAAUUGAUAUUAUCUAAAAAGUAGUGAAAAAAAAUCAGUUUGACAACUUUGACCAUAAAAAUUAUAAUUUUUUAGACUGGGUAUACAAAUACUUUUGUUGUGUUUUUUCCUCUUUUUAUUGCUGUGUACAUUCCUUUUGUCCAACUCUUCACAACCCUUUCAUGAUUCGUUUGAUUGUAUGAGUUGUAACUGAUAUCAAGAAAAUACAGACAUAUAAAUAGUGGCAUACUUCACUAACAAAAGUUCUUGCAGUGCAUCUGAAGUACAGCCACUUCAUCCAGCUGGUCAGUCUUGUAAAUAUAUUAAAGGUAUAUUAUUUUCAUACAAGAGGAAUGUUGUCUGGUGAUUGUUCAGGUACAAGUAGGAUUCUUUUUCCUAUAAAAUCUCUUACUAAGGUCUGAGAUAACCUUAGCUAGUCAGACAAAUACAUAAAGGAAAACACCCCAGUUUCUGCAUCCAUUUAAAAGGAUUUUUCUGUCUUUCAGACUUCUUAUGUUUUAAAGGAAUAAACUUAGAAUUUUGAAAGUGAAACUGUGACAGGUGGGUUGCUAGAUAUUGAAGUGUUGGGCACCUGCGUUAGCCAUGCUUACUGACUUCCAGUGGAUAAGCAUUACUUUCUACCUACUCAGUUAAGGUGGGUAUCAAGUGUCUCUACUUCUUGCAGUGUGAAUAUAUCAGCUUUCCGUAAGUAUUGAAUAGCCCAUUUCUAAGCUUUCUAAAAGAAACAGUGUAGUAUGUAUCAUAAUUCUUUAUUUUUGCAUCUUACGCAUUUCCUACAACUUAAACAUUUCCUUAGAAGUUCUGUAAAAAAUGUAAAACAGCACAUCAAAAGGGAGAUGAA